GUUCGAAUGUAUAUCUGUUCUAUUCUGAAUUUGGUAGGUCUCCGUUCUACUAGACGAGCAUUGAAAUGGAUAAAUUAAUUAUUUCGUACCAUGACAGCUGCUUAUACAAGUCUGAUGUAGAAAUACUUUAUUUGGAAACGGAAUGGAUAAAUGAUAGGAUCAUCUCAUUUUAUUUUGACUAUCUUCAGCAUGAAAUUUAUGAAAGCAAAGAAAUUCUAUUUUUGGGCAGUGAAGUAACACAGGCUAUAAAGUUGAUGGAAAAUCCAGAUGAAAUUAAUGCAGUCAUAUUAGAUUCACUAGAUGUUGAAGAAAAGAACUUUAUAAUUUUCCCAAUAAAUAAUAAUUCAAAGGACCAAGUAGGAGGUAGUCAUUGGUCACUUUUGGUUUAUAGCAAGCCUGAUAAGACUUUUUAUCACUUUGAUUCAUCAGGAAGCAGUAAUUAUUGGGUAUGCUCAAAACUCGUAAACAUUAUUAAAUCAUGUCUUAAACUGUCAAAUAAUGUAAAAAUUGAGCAAGUUGAUUGUCUGCAGCAGAAUAAUUGCUAUGACUGUGGAAUCUACGUGCUGUGUCAUGCUGACUCUGUUUGUAAAACAAUUAUGAAAUCGAAGACAUUGAAGGAAAUACAAAAAAUUAGCUACAAAACUGUGUUAUCAAAAAGAUCAGCACUGCUUGGAAUAAUUAAACACCUUGAAAAUACAGACUAAUCCAUCAUUUAUUUCAAUUCGAAUCUUUAAUUAAUAAAACAAUAAUAAGGCACAAAUUACUUUUAUAUUACUUUAUGGAUUAGGAUUUACCCAUCCACCAAAUGCCUUUUCUAAUUCGCAAGCAACAGCUAAACACAAUCGAUCAUUAUUGUAAUU